CGGUUUUAUGCGGUUUGGAAAAACAGGGACUUAUUUUUUUUACCUAAGAUGUAGAGUCUGUUUCCUACAAAGAUAAAACAAUAUUUUAAAAGGGAAAUCUUUGGAUUUACUUUGCGAUGUGGAAUUUUAAGACGUUGUACAUCCUGUUAUUGAUUUCACUUGGAUCUGUUGAAUUACGCGUAUUGAAUAAUAAAGCUAAAAAACAGGCCAGAUAUUAUAUCGAGCGAAUAUCACUUGAACCAAAAGAGCCUUCAGGUCCACACUUACACGAUAAAUAUUACACCUCGAAUGGAGAAGAAUUAAUACACCCUGAUAAGAACGAGAAAAAGUCUUCCCCUUUAAACGAUGACGAGAAGUCAUCGAAAGCUUGCAAGGCAAAACUUGAUCUGGGGUUUUUGAUCGAUGGAUCUGCUAGCAUCGAGAUGUAUGGAACAGGGACGUUCCAGAGUCUUCUAAACUUCAUWAAAACUGUGACCAAAGCAUUUGAUGUGUCACGUGAUGGUACACGUGUAGGCGCCGUCAGCUUUUCUAAAAAUAGCUCAUUGGACUUUGACUUUGACGAAAACACAAACAGAAAACAACUUGAAAGAGCAAUUGAUAAAAUAAACAACACAGGGUUUACGACUUUUACCGGAAAAGGACUSAAAUUUGCAUCAGAAAAACUUUUUAACUCAGCGCGCAAAGGUGUUGCCAAGGUUCUGGUUGUCAUGACAGACGGUAGAUCAAACGAUGACGUAAUUAAACCCGCUCAACUCUUAAAAAACACUGGAGUUCGAAUAGUGACUUUAGGACUUGGRACAAACUUUGACAUUAACCAGCUAAAGGCUAUUGCUAGUAAGCCUGACACACGUCACGUGAUCACUGUUGACUUCCCACAACUGACUGACGCGACUGGGACACUACAAGACUACAUAUGCAAAGCUGCUCACGAUGAACCACCAAAGAGCAUUAACAAAUUAUCAUUAACACCUCAAGGACAAGCAAUGCCAGAAAAUCUCCCCUCAUCAUACACGCCUGCUACGCCACAGCAAGGAACACUCGACCGCCGUCAGGGUGGAGCUCAGGUCACAACAAGCACAGUAAGCAGUGGAGGUAGUUUUAGCAGCAGYAGUAGCAGUGGUGGAUCUGUUUCCGGAGGAGCAUCUGCAGGAGGAGGUAGCUCAAGAGCUAGUAAGUCUACGGUGCAACUAGUUAUUUUAGGAAAUGACGUACAGCCCUAUACAACUUUAUGUAAAUGUCUCAUAAUUGCCUAUAAAACUCAAUUUUUCUCAAUUUCUGCAGGACAGUGUGAACUUGCCUUUAUGCUCGAUGUCUCUUCGAGCAUUGAUGGAGAAGCAAACCUUCAACUGUGCAUCACGUUCAUCAAAUCAGUAUUCAUGGCGUUCUCAGCUGGUCUUGGGUCAUCAGUGAGRUUUGGCUUCGUUACUUUCAGUGCAWCGGCUACUGUGGUUUUUGACUUCGCGAAAUAUACCUCGGCAUCGCAGAUUGAAGGAGCAUUCAGUGGAAUCUCCCUUUCUGGCGGUAGUUGUGCAGCAGGCAAAGCUCUUACAACCUGCAAAUCAUCUCUCUUCGYAAGCGCACGACAAGGRGCAGCAAUGGUUCUCGUCGUGUUAAUUGCUGGAAAAUCUACUGAUGACAUAACAGCGGGUGCAACAGCUCUUCGAGAAAUGCAAGUCAAAACUAUUGCAGUGGGMAUGGGUGCAAAGUUUGAACAGGCACAGGUGACAGGAAUGGCAUKGCAAUCGUCGUACGCUUUAACAGUGGCGUCCUUUGGCGCUUUGUCAGGRAUGCAAGGGCAGAUCACUUCACUAAUUAGUACAGCGGGUGGAAUCAGUGCCAGUGGAGGUGGUGCAGGAGCCGCCGGUGGAGCAGGAGGUUCUGCAGGGUCUGGUGGUGUAUCAGGUUCCUGCGACCUAGCAAUUAUGCUCGAUACUUCCACAUCUAUUGGUGGAGAUGCAAACUUCAAGCUUUGUCUGUCAUUCAUCGUCUCUGUUUACGAGUACAUUGGUAUUUCAGCACAAAUUCGUUUUUCAUUCAUCCAAUUUGGAAGCAGAGCCAGUAUAGUGUUCGACUUUUCAAAAUACACAUCAAUCAGUGAGGUCAAAACCGCUGUCCAAGGCAUCUCAAUGAUUGGGGGCAGUUGCAAAGCUGGUUCUGCUCUAUCCGCGGCRCGGGAGCUUUUUGGUGGAGCUCGRAGUGAYGUUGCGAAAAUACUUUUGGUUCUCUUGGCUGGAAAGUCSGAAGAUUCGGUGACUACCCAUGCWGAAGCUUUAAAGAAAUCUGGAAUUAAAAUCGUCGGGGUUGGCUUGGAAAAAUAUGAYAAAGAACAGCUURGCGCAAUGGURUAUUCKUCGUCUUAUAUGCUUUCCGUUUCCGCAUAUAGCCAGUUGGAAGGAAUGACAAGUCAAUGUACUGCGCUAAUCAUUCAAGCAAGUGGCGGUUCACUGUCAGCGGGAGGAAGUGGUGGAGCAGGAGCAGGUGGAGCAGGUGGAGGCGCUGGAGGAGGAGUUGCUGGAGGAGCUGGUGGAGUUGCUGGAGGAUCUGGAAGCGCAGCAGGUUAUGACGUUGCUUUCCUGCUUGACACUUCUACUAGUAUCAACGGCGACGCAAACUUCAAACUGGCACUGUCUUUCAUUGUUGCCGUUUUUGAAGCUCUCGGAGUUUCCGCUCAAAUUCGUGUUGCAUUCGUAAUAUUUGGUGGYUCAGCUAACGUCGUCUUUGGAUUUUCAAAAUAUACCUCAAUAACAGAAGUCAAAGCCGCAGUAGAAGGAGUUUCRAUGAUWGGRGGUGCCUGCACUGCAGGAGCUGCCUUAGGAACUUGCAAAACGGAMGUGUUUGCCAGUGCUCGAGCUGAAGUCGCACGAGUUUUAGUCGUGAUGAUKGCCGGAAAGUCAACGRAUUCUGUUGCACUCUCUUCUAGCGCUAUGARAGAAAUGGGGAUAAGYAUAUUAUGYGUUGGAAUGGGAGCUAGCUUUGAUAGAGAACAGCUGACUGUCAUGGCCACAUCUGCAAAGUACAUCUUAAUAGCGGCUGAGUACGCAGAAYUAUCCGGUUUAUCUGGCCAAUGCGUUUCGCUGAUCAACUCAGUUGGCGGCAGUGCUGGAGGAGGCGCAGGGGUUGGAGUAAGUACUGGCGGAGGAGUGGGAGUUGGUGGAAGUACCAGCGGAGGUGUCGGGAUUGGAGGAAGCACUGGCGGAGGGGUGGGAGUUGGUGGAAGUACCAGCGGAGGCAUCGGGAUUGGAGGAAGUACUGGGGGAGGAGUAGGGGUUGGUGGGAGUACCAGCGGAGGCGUCGGGACUGGAACGAUCACUGGCGGUGGAGUAGGGAUUGGAACUGGCACUGGAGGAGGAGGUACUGAAACCAAAGAGAUUGCGAAAGAGGAAGGCCAGAAAGAAAUGAUGGAGGARCUCAAAGAGAAAGGUUUGUUGAACGUAGAGGGRGAAAAAGUGGUUGACCAACAGCACAAGGUCGAGGGGAAAGCAACAGAARAAAAUAAACACGAAGUUUUACAACAACUGGARAAACAAGGGCUUUURAAUGUCGAAGGUAAACAGAAACUCAAAGAAGAAAACCAGAAAGUAUUACUUGAAAACCUACAAACUCAAGGUCUGCUUAGUAARGAAGGACAAAAAAUGCUGCUUGAAGAAGGAAAGGGUGGUUUUAUGAAGAAGAUAGGMCACGGUAGCACUUGGGCUCAARCAGGAAUGACUAGUCAAWCAGGUUURUCAGUGGGUACWGUCGGUGURUCAGGGAUUACCGGUCAAACAGGUUUAUCUGGAACAACAGGAUUUGGCGGAGGCCAAGUGACAACARUGGSAAGUSAAACAGGAAUGUCSGGUAUCAGUGGUCAAUUURCAAUGUCUGGGACCCUAAAACAAAGCAGUUUGAAUGCCAUAGCACAAGUUCAGAAAACYUCUGAAGGACAAGCUUUAUUGCAAAAUCUACAGUCGCAAGGGCUGCUUAGUUUGGAAGGUCAAAAAGUUAUUUCUAGUGGUCUGCAAACAAGUAAUGUUGGAGUACAAGUCGGUGGAGAACAGGUCAUCACUGAACUUGAGAAAAAACCUGAGGGGCACGCAUUGCUGGUGAGUCUACAGAGAGAGGGCUUAUUGAGCUCUCAUGGUCAAGCUACACUUACAAAAAYUAAAMACGGGGGRACAUACACAGGAAAUCAUACUGGGGUUGGAAUAGGUGGAGUUGGUAUUGGUACUGGUGGUGAAGAAACGAGCUCUGGAAUGCACGUGUGCAUGGAUUUGGCGUUUCUYAUCGAUGGCUCCAUGCCUGUUGGAGGUGAASCGAAUUUCAAGCARAUUCUCAACUUCGUUUGGAAUGUCGUUCAAUCCUUCUCAGUGAACCCRUACAUGACAAGAGUUGGAGUAGCUAUAUUUUCAUUGGAGUCCUUUGUGAUCUUCAAUUUCCACACUUAUUACGAAAAAUCAAAUAUCCUCUCUGCUCUAAAUACAGUYCAAUAUCCCGGCACGGACGGKCCUGGCACUUACAUUGGGCGUGGYCUGCACGUKGCGGCCGAGUAUCUGUUUCGUGAAUCAGGUAGACCACGUGCUCCUCACGCACUUGUCGUAGUUACCGCGGGAAGAUCACUUGAUGACGUCAUUACACCAUCUAUGCAAUUACGUCACAUGGGAGUGGAUAUCUAUUGUGUUGGUGUUGGUACCAGCUACAGUAAACUACAGAUWCAUGCAAUGGCAAGCUAUCCUCAUUCUGAACAUAUAUUUGGAGCCUCGUAUGCMCAAUUAGGGUUGAUUGCUCAGAACGUGGUCACUAAA